AUGAAUGAGCAAUUUGCAAAAGUUGAAUAUUGCUAUGAUAAUGCAACGAUGCGCACCUCAAGACCGUUGAGACCGUAUGCGAAUGGUUUUGAAUAUGAUUAUAAUCAUCGCUCAAAUGAUGCGGAUAUUAUCAAUUCAAACGUUGUCACUUCACAUAAAUCUAUUAUAACCGGGCGCAGAAAUAGCCAAGGCGCACCGAGUAGCGACUUGAAGGAACUGUUUUCCACGUUCGACAUUGAAUCAAAAGUGGUUCCUUAUGAAAUAAUUGUACGAGCGCAGCAAUUGUGCGCACAAUAUUUGAGCGGAUCAUGGAACAAAAUCACUCCUGGACGAGUUCGACUGAAGGCAAUUACUGGUGGUAUGAGUAAUUUGCUGUUUCUGGUUGAAAUGCCUGACGAUAUUGAGCCUGUUUCAACAGAACCCCGCUCUGCACUUCUUCGAGUUCACUGCAUACUCGAUAUGGAGCAUUUGCUGAAUGAAGCUGUUGUAUUCACAUUGUUAUCUGAACGAGCAUUAGGUCCGAAAUUGCUCGGCGUAUUUCCAGGAGGUCGUUUCGAGCAGUACAUUCCAUCGCGUCCUCUCCGACGUGAGGAACUCUCAUUACCGAGCAUUUCGAAACGAAUCGCUUGUUUGCUAGCUCGGGUUCAUGCGUUGGACGUACCGAUUGCAAAGAAGAGUAUGUUCGUUGAGGUUGCCGAAGGGUGGCUUUCGAAGUUACGAAUGGUUGAAUCGAAAGUGGCACACAAAAUGCGGUUGAACACCGUAAAAGUUGACUUGAUGAAGUGUCCAACCGAAGUAACUUGUGAAUUAUUGACCGAUGAAUUGGAAGUGAUGAGAGCGUGCCUUAACAACUGUGAUAGUCCAGUUGUAUUUUGUCAUAAUGAUCUUCAGGAGGGCAAUAUUUUACUGCACAAUGAAUUUAGAAUCGAUGGUAAUGGUAAUUUGAAUUGUGAACGAGAAAAGGAACCGCUUGUAUUAAUUGAUUUCGAAUACGCCAAUUACAAUUAUCGCGGUUUCGAUUUUGCGAAUCACAUUUGUGAACGUAUAUGUGACUAUUCUGAUAAGAAGCCACCAUAUUAUUCGAUAAAACAGUUUCGAUUGCCCGAUCAGAAUGAACAACGCAUCUUCUUCAAUGCUUAUCUCGACGAACUUCAUCAGAUGGUAAAUAAUGCGAAUCCAGCGCAGCAAUCAGCAUACUUCCUGAGUGAAAAAUCAAAAACGCGUGAGGAAGCCAUUGAACAGUUGAUGACUGAAACACGGCGAUUCAUUGCUGUGUCGCAUUUGUUUUGGAGCAUUUGGUCAUUCAUGCAGGCCGAAGAGUCACCAAUUGAAUUCGAUUAUGUCAGUUAUGGUCUCGAUAGGCUCGCACUCUACUACGAGCAUAAGGCUGAUUUAGUUGAAUACUUGAAUUUAUGA